GCCCGGCCAGACCUGAACAAAAACAACAUCCGUCUUCAUCCUGCUCCGAAGUCCGGUAUUGACCCCGACGCUUCCGGCCUCAGCACCUCGGAUAGCGACCAUGGCACCGAUGGCGCCGGACGAUGGAGCCCAGACGGCGGUGGUCCCCGCAGGUGUCGCUUUGGUGAGCAUCUUCGGCCUGGUCUUCACCGCGUCGGCCUUUUCGUGGAUCUGCUGCCAGCGCAAAAACGGCAAAAGCCAGAAGACGCCCCCGUACAAGUUCGUGCACAUGCUCAAAGGUGUCGACAUCUAUCCGGAGAGCCUCGGCGGCAAGAAGACGUUUGCCUCCGCCGCCGGCGUGACGGCCAAUGACGCCGGUAAAACGGACGUUAACGGCAACUGCCACGCCGCCGCGCCGCCCGCGGCCGGUCCCGAGCUGACGUCCAGCCCCGGCGGCUCCAGACCGGCCCUCCACCUGGACCUGGAGCAACGGGACCUCAACGGCAACUUCCCCACGAAAGCCUCGCACCGCCACAAGGUGCGCAGCUCGCCCGACCUGGAGCAGCCCUCGCCGCUCGCCGGCUUCGCCCAGACCGGCGCGACGGACCGCCGGGACCUCCCCUCGCCGUCCAGCGCCGUCUCCAGCCGGGCCCCGACCCCGGCUGUCGACGAGAAGGAGGCUCGGCUCGGCACGCUCCACUUUGCCUUGGAGUACCAGCCAGAGAAGAAGGCCUUCGUCGUCCACAUUCAGGAAGCCCACGGCCUGAGCCCGACCGACGAGCAGUCCCUCACCUCGGACCCCUACAUCAAGCUGACCCUGCUGCCGGAGAAGAAGCACCGAGUGAAGACCAGAGUCCUGAGGAAGACUCUGGACCCGACCUUCGACGAAACCUUCAGCUUCUACGGAAUUCCGCUGGCCAGAGUGUCCGAGCUGGCUCUGCAGUUCGUGGUGCUCAGCUUCGACAGAUUCUCCCGGGACGAGGUCAUCGGCGAGACCCUCGUCCCGCUGUCGGGAAUCGACUUGUCCGAAGGACGCGUGCUGAUGAGCCGGGAGAUCAUCAAGAAGAACCUCAAGAAGUCAUCGGGCCGGGGUGAGCUGCUGCUUUCCUUGUGUUACCAGUCCACCACCAACACGCUGACCGUGGUGGUCCUCAAGGCCCGCCACCUGCCCAAGAACCACAGCGGCGGACCCACAGAUCCUUACGUCAAAGUCAACCUGUAUCACGGGAAGAAGCGCGUGUGCAAGAAGAAGACCCACGUGAAGAAGUGCGCCCCCAACCCCGUCUUCAACGAGCUCUUCACCUUCGACCUGCCCUCCGACGAGGGCCUGAGAGACACCAGCGUGGAGCUGCUGCUGAUGGACUCGGACGCGGGCGACUCCCGCUGCCCGAAGCCGGUCCUCGGGCGGCUGCAGAUGGGCACGCUGGCGGCGGGCACCGCCGGCGAGCACUGGCGGGAGAUCUGCGAGCACCCGCGCCGCCAGAUCGCCAAGUGGCACGCCAUGUCCGAGGAUUGAGACGGCGGGGAACGGGAUUCGCCGGACGAUGGUGGAGGGAGGGACGUGAUGUCAACCGACCAAUCGCUCGCUCGUCUUGGAAGUUCCAGUCCUCCCUUUGACUUGCAAGUGGCCCCAAUUUGCAAGGCGUCGCCCGAAACCAGAACGUAGCCCCGAGCCGUUCGCGUGUCUGCUGUCCGGCGGAAUCCUCGUAUCUCCGAAAUCCUGACCCUCUACGGGGGGGGGGGUCUACCAGGUUUCCGCUCAACCGCGCCGACGUGAACUUUGGUGACAUCCCAUUCUUCAUUCAUACGCUUGAAUGUGACAAAAUUAUCCAAAAUGAUUUUGACAGACGGGCUCCUCGACCCUUUGCUGGACCGACCUUCUGGAUGCGGAAUGGGAUGUCGCGUCAAAUCCGUAACGGAAGAUUUUCAAUGCGCCCGACAUCGCCGGGUUGUCGUGGUAACCCUGCGCUUCGAGGCCUCUUCUUCUUCUUCUCUUCCGCUUUUAAUUGAGCUCAGCCUUCUGACCGAUAGAACGAAACGUUGACGUCAUGAUGUUUUGUUUUGUUUUGUUUUUUUGAACUCCUCCGGGCGGACUUGUGGAACAUGUUUUUGAAGUGCGAUUUCAUAUCAGGGCCCAAAUCCGGCGGUUUGAGCUCGGACUGCGCGACGUUGCGUUGACGUCGCACACGUGUGUGUGUGUGUGUACCUUGCAAUGUUUCCUGUGUGUGUUUUGUCCCCUUUUUUUGUGAGCGCAAAGACAGCCGAAAUGUACUUGUAAGUACCCUCAAAUUAA